CGUCAUCACAUUUUUUUUUAUCUCCAUCACACCGUAUCAACGUAUCAACGUAUCAAUCGUAUCAAAUCUCUCGAUGCUCAUUAUUCGUUCCCUCUCCGAUGCCAGCUUCUCCGGAGAAAUACAUUGUCUCGUUCUUAAAGCUUGAAACUCGAAAUCCUACUAAGCAAUAGAAUGGCCAGUAACGACAAUAACGACCAGUUCCCCAAGGUUCAAGGUGGAGGUAGCUUGAUUCUAGCUUGGCAGGUCAAGAAUAAACAUGUUUUAGUCGUUGGUGGCGGCGAGGUAGCGGCUGGCCGUAUCCUCAACGUCCUCAACGCCAAUGCCAAUGUCACCGUCAUAAGCCCUUCCUCCGGGCUCAACCCCGAAGUUCGUCACCGUAUUGCCAACGAUGAGGUUACCCACAUCGAUCGUGUUUUCGAACCUUCGGAUUUAGAAAUCCUUCCCCCGAGCAAUGGUCCCCCCGAUAUGGUUCUCGUAGCCAUCGAUGAUCCCGAUGCCUCGACCCAGAUAUGGAAGCUUUGUAAAGAGCACCGCAUCCCAGCCAACAUAGCCGAUGUCCCACCCGAAUGUGACUUUUAUUUUGGAAGCGUACAUCGUGAUGGUCCUCUACAAAUCAUGGUCAGUACCAACGGCAAGGGGCCUAGGCUAGCAGCUAGCAUAAGAAAAUGGAUUGGAACUCAGUUACCCGUUGGUGUUGGUGACGCAAUCGAAAGGAUGGGGGUUCUGCGUACCAAAUUACGCCAGAUGGCACCCAGUCCCGAAGAAGGUCCCGGCAGGAUGAAAUGGAUAUCUAAGAUCAGCGACGCCUACAGCUGGGAUGAUAUGUGCAGUCUUACGGACGAGGAUAUGGAUAAUCUCCUAACCUUUUAUGCUCCUGACAAGGUACCGCAUUUGGAUAUGUUAAAAGCAAUGAGAGGCGGGAGAGCAGAAGAGGAUAUCGACGUCUUUGACGGGUCCUUUGGCUUCAGUGUCGUUGCAUGAGUAAAACAGAUGAGAGUCGUAUGGUCAUCUGGGGAUUACAUAUAUCGUCGCAUGAGUUGGUUAGGGGAUUCAAUACUGCAAUACGUCAAAAUGAUCAAACAAAGCUUAUUGUUGAUUUCUUGGUCCAUCACAUUGGCAUAUUCCUGUGGUUUUGGCGUAAAGUCCUGCCUGAAUGUGUGGGAUGUACUCUAAAGGAAUCAUACCUUUAAACAUGGCACAGCACUCUCAAUUUUAUAAAAGUCAUUCCAAGCAACUCACCGUCCUACUAUUAUCUUGGAAGAGAGUCACUAAGGUUAUCAUAUAUCAUAAAUGCGUAGAGAUUGGAACUUCUACUUGUUCUUGCUGUUCGCAAAUUGUACGCUGUUCUCUCCGACACUCGUCUUCUCCCGAAGCCAUGAUAAUUUAAGAGGCAUGAAAAAGUACGACGUACGUUAAGACCAUAAUGCGAUUCAACCUAUUUAAUAAGAUCAUCAGGCUUGCAUCGCCCAAAAGUAGGGUUC